AUGGCUCCCGCUGACGGCUCGCCUUACAACAGAUACGACUACCUCUUCAAGCUUCUCCUCAUCGGUGACUCUGGUGUCGGAAAGUCCUGCCUGCUGCUCCGUUUCGCAGACGACACAUACACCGAGAGCUACAUCUCGACCAUCGGCGUCGACUUUAAAAUCCGAACGAUCGAGCUCGAUGGCAAGACCGUGAAGCUACAGAUUUGGGAUACUGCCGGCCAAGAGCGUUUCCGAACCAUCACAUCCUCGUACUACCGCGGCGCCCACGGCAUCUGCGUCGUCUACGAUGUCACAGACAUGGACUCAUUCAACAACGUGAAGCAGUGGCUGCAGGAGAUUGACCGAUACGCAACCGAAGGCGUCAACAAGCUGUUAGUGGGCAACAAGUCCGAUAUGGCAGACAAGAAGGUUGUCGAGUACACUGUAGCAAAGGAGUUCGCAGACAGUCUCGGCAUCCCAUUCCUCGAGACCUCCGCAAAGAGCGCUACCAACGUCGAGCAAGCUUUCCUAACCAUGGCCCGCCAGAUUAAGGAGCGCAUGGGUACCACAACUGCCAACACCAAGCCCACAGUCCCCAUUGGCCAGGGCCAAGGUGUGCAAAACGGAUCUGGCGGAGGUUGCUGCUAG